AUGAUGUUAAGAUGAAUGUACUUUCCACUUAUGUCCUCAUUAAAGAAUGUCCUUAAUUUCCAAGCUGGACUUGGAGUCUUAGCCAAUAUGUUUCUCCUUUUUUUCUACACUGCCAUAAUCCUAGGUAACAGACCUAAGCCCACAGACCCGAUCUCCUGUCAACUGACCUUCAUCCACAUAGUGAUGGUCCUCACUGGAGGGGACCUUUGGCUUACAGACGUAUUUGAGUCACUGAACCUUGAGAAUGACUUCAAAUGUAAGGCAACUUUUUACAUAAACAGAGUGAUGAGAGGCCUCUCCAUCUGCAUCACCUGCCUCCUGAGUGUGUUCCAGGCUGUCACUAUCAGUCCCAACACAUCAUUGCUGGCAAAAUUUAAAUAUAAACUAAAAAAAUACAUGAUUUAUGCUUUCUUAUGUAUUUGGUCUUUCAACUUGUUAUUCAUUGGCAAUCGGAUCUUCUAUGUUGGUGCUUUUACCAACACGAGUGAGACCAACCAAAUGAAGGUCACCAAAUAUUGCUCACUCUUCCCCAUGAACUACAUCAUCAGGGCACUGAUUUUAACAGUGACAGUCUCCAAAGAUGUCUUUCUUGUAGGAGUUAUGUUGACCACAAGUGCAUACAUGGUGAUUAUCUUGUUCAGACAUCAGAGGCAAUGUAAGCAUCUUCACAGCAUCAGCCACCCGAGAGCAUCCCCCGAGAAGAGGGCCAUCCAAACUAUCUUGCUGCUGGUGGUUGUCUUUGUGGUCAUGUACUGGGUAAAUCUCAUCAUCUCAUCCACCUCAGUCCUGUUACGGAAGUACGACCCAGAUAUCUUGACUGUUCAGAAGUUUGUGGUGAAUGCCUAUCCCACAAUUACUCCUUUGGUACAAAUCAGUUCUGAUAACAGAAUAAUCAAUAUGUUGAAAAACAUGCAGUCAGUGUGCCACCAUAUUUUUAAAAAAGGUUAA